UUGUCAGGUUCGGUCAAACAUUCCUUUAUAAGAAGCUGAACUCCAAGUUGUGGCAUAUUCGGAAAAAAGAGCUGCUACAGCAUACAGCUCUCACAAUUUUUCAAAAUAAGUUACUUUAUAAAAUGACGUUCAGUUACACUUUUCCGGUAGUUAUAUUUAUUUAUUUAACCGUUUGUCAAAUGCAAGGGAAAGAAGUUAAGGCUCAGGAGGUCCAAGUACAUACUGAUCAAGAAUGUCAGAUGACUCCAGUAAUUCACGUGUUACAACAUCCUGGUUGUGUUCCAAAGCCAAUACCUUCAUUUGCAUGUAUCGGAAAAUGUACAAGCUAUGUUCAGGUGUCGGGAAGUAAAAUCUGGCAAAUGGAGCGCACUUGCAACUGUUGUCAAGAAUCUGGAGAGCGAGAAGCUACCGUGGUCUUAUUUUGCCCAAAGGCCAAAAGUGAAGAUAAGAAGUUUCGAAAGGUUUCAACAAAAGCUCCGCUUGAGUGUAUGUGUCGUCCUUGUAGUACUAUUGAAGAAAACGCCAUAAUGCCACAGGAAUUAGCCGCAUAUCCCGAGGAAUCACCACUUCACAACCAUUAUAGAAAAACAUUCAACUAAUAAGCUAAACUAUUUUAAAACCAACUUAACAAAACUAUAAAAAAAUAUAUAGGUACCUAUUAAUAAUAUAAUAAAUCUCUUGA